GCGGAGUUCUGUGCGGGCGGGGCAGGGAGGGAGCGCCAGAGUGGAGGCCGAAGGAGAGGAGCAGGAAGGCAGUAGGUUCUCCUGAGGAAUGGCCGGCUCCCAAUGGCUGUUGCAAGCCCUGGAUAUUUUGAUGUGCUCCGUGAAGAAGAGCGUUGUUGGAUGAGUUGACUUUGGAAAGAGAAGGAGGUAACCCAAAGCAUUCCUCAAGAACUGGUGCCAAAAAGCAGAAGGAAGAGGCACAACAGAGCAGGUUUAUUUAGAAAGGAAUGGAUCCAGAAAUAAAAAUGGAAGAUUCAGUAGGUCCUGAAUCAGAAGAGGUCAAAGGAGGAGCAGCUCUACCAAAAAGGGAAAGCGAUGGAGGCGAAUCAGAACAAACAGUAAAACAGGAGACAGAAGAUGAGCCAUCAAGGACCUGGGAUGCUCAGUUGGAAGAGUUUCUGAGGACACUACAGUCUUCUUCUGGAGAUGAAACCCCACAACAACCUAACCCUCAGGAGCCUCAGAUGAUGACUACGGAUGAUGAAAGCCAUCUGGAUGCCACAAAUUCUAGGAAAGAGAGAACAGCAAGCAAAGAUGCUGAUCUGCUCCUUGGUGUGUUGGAGACACAACGGCAGCAUUUUCGGAUGUUGAUCUACCAAGAAGCCGAAGGGCCCCGAAACUUCUGGGGGAAGCUCCGGAAACUCUGCCAGAAGUGGCUGCUGCCGGAGAGACACACCAAGGAGCAGAUCUUGGACCUGGUGACGCUGGAGCAGUUCCUGGCUGCCCUGCCCCCAGAUAUGCAGAAAUGGCUGAGGGGACGCUAUCCCCAGACCUGCUCCCAGGCUGUGGCCCUGGCAGAGGAUUUCCUUCUGAUGCAUCGAGGAUCCAAAGGCAGGGAAGGGCAGAUCACAGAAGAAUUUGCAAGUUCCCCUAAGACAAAAGAGGUUCAGCCAAAGAUGAUGCUUCGAACAGAGUCUGAGCACAAACAUAGUUUGAAUGAACAUGUGUUGGGAGAUGAUGCAGGGCUGACCGAGCGUGAGGAACAAAAAACCCCAUUUGAGAGCACAGAGGAAAUGGAGCAACUGAGGACAUCCAUGAAAAGUGGCCAAGAGGACAGUUUCCUGUGUCAGGGAGAACCUGAUAAGAACCAAGCGAGGACAGACAAAGACAAUGGAAAUGGCCAGGAGAAGGUCUGGCUAACCGUGGGUCCUAAGAAAGUGAGUGCCAAGAAGAAAAGGAUGAUGUGCUUGGAUAUAAAGCACGAAAUCAUCGAAAAGCACGAGCGAGGUGUGCGUGUUGUCGACUUGGCAAGGCAAUACGAUCGCAGCACUUCUACGAUAUGUUCGAUUUUGAAGCAGAAGGAGUCAAUCAAAGCCAUAACACCUGCAAAGGGCAUUAAGAUUAUUUCAAAGCUCCGGACCUCUGCCCACGAAGAGAUGGAGAAGUUGUUGUUGUUGUGGUUGACGGAGAAGCAGCUCGCAGGAGAUACCAUGACCGAGAGCAUUGUCUGCAAGAAGGCGCGAGCCAUUUACGGGGAUUUGGUGCGUCAGGCACCGGAAAGAUUAAUGGACGAGGCAUCGGAAGAGUCAUUCAAAGCCAGUCGGGGAUGGUUUGAUAAUUUCAAAAAGAGGACCGGCAUUCACUCUGUCGUCAGGCAUGGCGAGGCAGCAGAUGUGAAGGCAGCUGAGGAUUUCAGAAUCAUUUUUGCCAAACUAAUAGAAGCUGAAGGAUAUAUCCCUCAGCAAGUCUUCAACUGUGAUGAGACAGGGCUUGUCUGGAAAAGGAUGCCAAGGAGGACGUUUAUAACGACGGAGGAGAAGAGCCUGCCAGGCCACAAACCUACGAAGGAUCGGUUAACCCUUGCGCUGUGCGCAAACGCAAGUGGUGACUGCAAGAUUAAGCCGCUUCUUGUAUAUCACUCUGAAAACUCCAGCGACUUCAAGUCUCAUCAGAUAAUUAAAGAAAAACUGCAGGUUAUGUGGAGGGCAAACCCAAAGGCGUGGGUCACCAGAGAGAUCUUUGUGCAGUGGGUCAACCUGGUCUUCGGUCCUGGCGUCAAGAAGUACCUUUUGGAAAACGGCCUACCUCUGAAAGCCCUUCUCGUCCUUGACAGUGCUCCCGCGCACCCACCAAACCUUGAGGACUACAUCCUUGAAGAGUUUAACUUCGUUAAGGUGUUGUACCUUCCAGCCAACACCACCCUUAUCCUGCAACCCAUGAGUCAGCAGGUGAUUUCAGAUUUCAAAAAGCUCUUCACCAAGCACCUCUUCCGGCAUUGCUUUGAGGUUACCAAGAACACAGACCUCACCCUUCGAGAGUUUUGGGAGGAGCACUACAAUAUCGUAACUUGCCUCGGAAUUAUUGACACGGCCUGGCAGGGCGUUACGAGGAGGAGCUUGAACUCUGCGUGGAAGAAGCUGUGGCCAGAGGUUGUGUCGGAAAGGCGCUUUGAAGAAUUCGAACCUGAGGAGCUAGCGGUGGAGGAGAUUGUGUCCAUCGGAAAGUCCAUGGGCCUGGAAGUGGAUGAAGGCGACCUCAACAACCUCAUCAAGCAGCACGAUGAGGAGCUGACAACAGAGGAAUUGCAAGAGCUACUGGAGCAGCAGCAGUGUACAGAGAUUUUGCAGGAAAUUAAUGUGGAGGAGCCAGAGGCGGAGGAGGUUAUCGAUACAAGUGAGAUUAAGGAAAUGUUGGGAAUGUGGGAGAAAGUUUCAGACUUUAUUGAAAAGAAGCACCCUGAAAAGGUUGCAACAAGCCAUGCGUUGGCGCUGUGUCACGACACUUGCCUCACUCCUUUCAGAAACAUUUUGAAAGGGAGGAAACAAGCCUCCUUGGACAGGUUUACAUUGAAACGCCCUCUGAGUGAAAAUGAGGAAAGGGUGGUGAAAAAGGCAAAUGUCAAAGAAGAAGAAGAUUGAGUGAAGCCUGAUCUUGAAGGAAAAUACAUGCUCUCA